GGUUCAGCCUGCAAUUCUUGCAACGACAAACCUUGAAGCUCUCUGGACGGCCCGGACUGGCUGUGGUUUCUUGGCCUUAGAGGUCGACCGCAGCCAUGGACCGAAAACGGAUGAGCAUCGGUGCGGUCAUCCCCCCCACGGUGGGCUCCAGAUCCGUCGCCACCACCGAGAGGGAGGCUGGCAUUGCUGAGGUGUUCACUAGAGCGAGUGAAGAGAAGGCCAAAGCCAUCUAUGUGACCUCAGUUACAGACCGGGACCUGCAGAGUCGCCAGAGCUUCACUGAGAAGGACAGGGUGGUGCUUGUUCCCCCAGGAUGCGACGAGCAGGAGAUGGAAGAUUGGGCAAAGGCACAUAUCGGCUGUGGCUGCAGAAAGGGCCUGAAGCCAGAAAGCCCAAAUCAGGACAGUUUCUCCAUAGUCAUGGUGGAGAAUGACUUCGCUAUGUAUGGAGUUUACGAUGGUCACGGGCCAGCUGGACAUGACUGCUCUGACCUGUCUUUGAGGAAGCUCUGCAGCGCGUUUUUGAACGACCCGGACCGCGAGAGAGACCCUGCAGCUGUCCUUACAAAGGUUUUCCUCGAGACACAGGAGAUCUUGAUGAAGCAGGGUCAAUUUGACACCAGCGGUACAACCUGUACCAUUGUGUAUCAUGAUAGAAAGCUUGACAAGCUCACCAUUGCUCAUGUGGGUGAUAGCAGAAGCGUGCUGGGCAAGAAGAAGGACGAGUCUUCGCCGUGGGAGAGCUUGGAACUGACCACAGACCACAAGCCGGACCUUCCCAAGGAGAAGGCACGCAUAGAAAAUGCCAACCCACCUGGCCGGGUUGUCUUCGAUGGCUACUAUAACCAUCGCGUGUUCGCGCAGAACGGUAUGUAUCCAGGUCUCAACAUGUCGCGCGCCUUGGGCGAUGUGAUCGCACACAGAGAGGCUGGCCUCACCGCAGAGCCAGAUGUUUGUGUCAUCGACCUGAAGGCGGAGCGUGAGAAAUAUGCCAAGCUAAUGCUCUUGGUGUGCACCGACGGAGUUUGGGAGUUCAUUCUGAGUCAUGAGGCCAUCAGCAUUGUGCAGAAAUUCCCGGACUGCCAGCAGGCAGUGGAACGGCUCAUGAAGGAAAGCUGGGAUCGGUGGAUGAAAGACUCUGACAACGAGAUCACAGACGAUAUCACCGCAGUUCUGGUCUACUUGUGAAUGGAGACGCCUUUUGGUCCAGAGCCGCUAGGAGUGGGCCCCUUCCCAUGGGGGCUCACUGCUCCAAUGUUCUUGCGCCAGAGGUGUCUGGCUUGAAAGCUUUCUUUGGGUACCAAGUCCUGAGACGCGGAAGCUCUCAGAAGUUGCAUUGUCACCAUGAUGACGGCAGCCAA